CGCCAAGCCCAGAAAAGGGGCCGGACAACUUCCAAAGAGGCGGGAGAGGGAGUGCUCCAGUCCAAGCCUUUAUAUUGAGAAAACAACAUGCGACCCCCACACACAAGACUCCCUGGAGACAUAGAGCAGCAAGGACCCCAAACCAGAACACGCGCCGUGUAGAGCUCGCGUCCUUCACUUUUGGCCUCCCGGGAACACUACAAGCACAGGCUCAAGACAAUGGCGCCCCCCAACCCUUGCCUCCGAGUGCCCGCCGCGGUUUCUGUCCUGACCGUCCUGCUCGGCUUCCUCCUCCUAGUCCAGGUGUCCUUGGCUUCAGGUACUUCAGAUAUAUCAGCAUAUAAUAUCACCUGGAAAUCCAUUGAUUUCAAGACUAUAUUGGAGUGGGAGCCCAUACCAGUCAACCAAGUCUACACUGUUGAGAUAAGUGACAGAUGGGGAGAUUGGAAAAAGAAGUGUUUUCACACAAAAAAAACAGAAUGUGAUCUCACAGAUGAGAUGAGAAAUUUAAGGGAAACAUACAUUGCUCGAAUUCUUUCUGAAAAACCCAUAAAGUCAGAUGGGGAUCCCGAAGAAUCCCAGCAUGCCAAUGCACCUUACUUCACACCUUACUUAGACACAAACCUUGGGCAGCCAAGAAUUCAAAAUUUUGAACAAAAUGGUACAAAGUUGAAAGUGACAGUUCAAGAUUCCAUUACACCAUUUAGAAUUAAUGGGAACUUUCAAACUCUCCGCCAGAUUUUUCAACAGGACCUAACUUAUAUACUUUAUUACUGGAAGGCUUCAAGUACAGGAAAGAAAUCAGUAAGGACAGACACAAAUGAAUUUUUGGUUGAUGUGGACAAAGGAGAAAAUUAUUGCUUCAACAUUCAGGCAUUCAUUCCAUCUCGGAGAGCAAAGCAGAAGAGUCCUGAAAGUGAAAUUCGUUGUACCAGCCAAGACAAAGUUGUGUUUAAAGAAUUGUUUUUCAUAAUUGGAGCUGUACUUUUUGUCAUCAUCAUCCUCGUUAUCAUCCUCUCUGUGACACUACACAAAUGCUCAAAAGCAAGAGCUGAACGAGACAGAAAGGAAAAUGCACCUCUUAACUUUGCCUGAAGGAGGCACCAUUACUACCACUGUUGACUACUACAGAAGCUGUAUCUUACUGUGAUGGGAAAGCUGAUGGUACUUGGAAGAAAGCACAAUUCUUGGGAGAAUCACUAUGGGAGAUCUUGGGAAGAUAGCCUUUGAGUUCAAAGGGGGAAAAGGAAAUCUUGUUUCUCUAUUUCUUACUGUACACAUCAUUCCUGUUUAGGUAUCUCCCUGACUUCGGAAAGCAGUGAAUGGUACAGCCAGUUUCUCAAAUUUUAUUUUAUUUUACUUUUUAACACUAUCACUCUUGAACUUGUUAGAUGUUUAGAUUCCAAAAUCUUCUUGCAAGUUGAAAUCUGGUCCCCAGGCCUUUGAAGCACUGGGUGGAAUUUGGAAGAGUCAGUGAGAGGCUGACUUGAAAUCAUGCAAGAAAGCAGCCCAUGUCAUGGGUAGAUUUAUUUCUAUCCAAUGUCAGAUCUUAAUUUCUGUAUCCUGUAAGUUUGGAAAGGCAGAGGUUUUCAGAGCUGCAUUUUUACAAUAAGAUUUGUGGUGUUUAUGCAGGUCACAUUCUUUCUUUUCCUAUUUCUGCCACUUUAAGUACAGGAAAAGAAAAUUUAGACAGGAGGGGAAGGAAAACCCUCCAUUUGCCUAAAAGUGUCAGCACAACUGUUUGCUAUUGCAAAUGCUGCAUCAAAACCAGACUGACAUAAAUGUGUUUGUUACGAACACUUUGAAACCAGUGGCCUGAGUAUUGGGUACCAUUCUAAUAUGCCAUAAGGUUUAGCACUUUAACAGUUCUAAAUAAUAUUACUUAAACACUUGACAGAUAUUCUAUUUUUUAUAAUAAGAAUACUUUAUAAAUGAACUAUCUCAGUUAUGAGUUGAGGUACUUUAGGCCCUCAGGGUCCAUUAUGUGUGUUUUCUGUGUUUAUGGAAAGGUUUUAUAUUUGGGGAUUUUCUAUUUAUGUCUAUAAUAUAUAUAUUUGUAUAUAUUGCAAUAAUUUAUUUAA